AUGAAUCACCAGAACCUCGCAACCAAGGCCAUGCUGCAGGCAGCUGCCCCCACGCUUCCUGGUCUACGCUCAGAGGUCUUCAAGCCAUGUGUAGAAGACAAGGACCUGGCUUUCUGUCUGAACGAGGGCGAGUGCUCCAUCAUCCAGACUGUGGCUGGCGUGCACAGGCACUGCAGGUGUAAGGAGGGCUAUCAUGGACUCCGCUGUGACCAGUUCGUACCCAAGACAGAUGCCAUCCUGUCAGACCCAAUGGACGAGCUUGGCAUCGAGUUCAUGGGUAAGAAAACCUUCUGUUGGAAACACAGGGAAAAGCUCCGGGCCCACUUCUCGGAGAGCCGCAGUUUGAGGGACUGCAGCGUGAACGUCUCUGGCCUCAUGUCCAAAUCUACAGCUAAGGCCCAAUACAGCCUGCAGCUUCAAAAGAGCUGCAGUCCUCACGGAUCCUCUGUCGAGGUUGGCAGUGUGGCUCCGGGCACGGCGAUAGCGGCCACACCUCUUCUCGGCAGAGCUCUUUCUAAAGGGGAACGCUUCAGGAGCGGCUCCCUCUCCCUCAGCCCCGCGCAACAACGGAGGGAGAGUCAUCUUUUCCGGACGCCACCCAUUAGCAGAGGGAAACACAAUCUCAUUGACAGAUCCAGAGUCGCCGGCCACGUCUACAAGCACUUGCAAGAAGUCGAGACAACGGACAUGGAGGCAGAGUCUUCAAGAAAGUGUGACCCUGCCAGUGGAAGAGCCGCUGCCCUUCUCAGCAAGACUUCAGUCUCCCACUUUGCUGCCAGGAAGGGGUGGGUAGAGGUGCCCUGUACUCGUCUGGACAAAGGAACUAUCUUCCUUCCAUCCGCGCUCCGCACUCGCUCUGUGCCCAUCAUCCCAUCUCUCCAGGCAUGUGACCUGGAGGGGGGGCAAGCGAACGCCGACCAUCAGCAGGGGGAGGGACACGACAAGUGGCACCAUGCAUUGGCUAGAAAUACCAUGGUGUCCAUCGGCAGUCCUCCCUCUUGCCCCGGUGAGACUGUUGCCCUGCCAGCCGGGAUCCAACCCAGCGGUUCAAGCCCAACUGCCGCCACAACCAGUGCAAAGCCGGGAUCAGAGAAGGGGUCUGGCUCCACGCAAAUUGAAAUUACGGUGGAACUGGAGGCUGGGUUAUUAAAACACAAAAGCCUCUCCACCCCUGUGGUGACUGGGGUGUCUGGAUCGCCUGCCAAGCUCCUGUGUGGCAUCACGAACACUCUUGCAGCCGUGACCGUGCCUGAGGCCAAGAGGAAAAAAAAAACCCGAUAUACGCCAAGACUUCUGCACACAGGUAGCGGGGUCAGGGCGUCGGGCCAAAGAGAUGCCCGGGGACUGUGCCACGGCCAGACACCGCAAGAGUCCGGAGACUCAAACUGCACAACCCCAACCAGGGGACCCAACGACAGAGGUCCUGGAUGUGCUUGUGCCAAACCCUCUGCCAGCUGA